AUGGCCAGCACGAUAACAGUCCAGCUGCCUGGGGGCCCCAUUGAAGCGAACGUAGUGGACGACAGCCUCAUCAACGCUCGGGGAAUACCUUAUGCCAAAGCUCAACGUUUUGAAACGCCACAGCCGACUGGAAAUUGGAUUGAGACCCUAGACUGCACCAAACGCGCACCAAUAUGUCCACAACUCCCUUCAAGAUUGGAGUCGGUCAUGGGUCCCUUGACCAAGGGCCAUAGCUUGAGCGAAGAUUGCUUGCGCGUAUCCAUCGUUGCGCCUCGAGACGUCACAAACGCUCCCGUCAUGGUUUGGCUACACGGCGGCGCGUAUAUUUCUGGUGGCGGAGACCUGGGCUGCUACCAGCCUAUAGACCUCGCCAAACGGGGGAUAGUCUGUGUCAAUAUUACUUAUCGACUUGGAGUGUUCGGAUACCUGCAUUUGGAGGGCAUUGCACCCGCCAAUCUUGGACUGUUGGAUCAGCGAGCUGCACUGCAAUGGAUCCAAAACAACAUCUCUGCCUUUGGUGGAGACCCGGCUAAUGUCACGAUGGUCGGACAAUCUGCGGGUGCGGAUUCGAUCAUUUGCUUGAUGGCCUCGGAGAAUACCAAAGGCCUCUUCCAUCGGGCUAUUCUCCUGAGCCCGCCAUUAGGAGAGCUGAAGGAACGAACUCCCACGGCACCAAUGCUCACAAAAAGAGCGGAGCGACUCCUGACAAAAGAUCCACGAGAAAUGUCCAUAGACGAAUUACUUGGCGUGCAGAAGCAGCUCUUGAUGAACCCCGUCCGAACGCAAGUCAUGCUAUUUGCCCCUGCUCUUGGAUAUUCGCCCCUGCCAACGGAGCAAGACUUUGAUCAAAACAUCUCCGAAACUGCGAAAGACAUUCCCAUUCUCAUUGGCUGGACUGAUCACGAUGGCCGCCCCUUCGCCAGCAUGAUGGGACCGGAGAGUUUACUUAAAUUACCCAUCAUUGGACCGUAUGUGGAGGCUGUUGGAACCUGGUAUAUUACACAAAGCUAUUUCAAAUGGCCAUCCCAGCGUUUCCAUCAGCAAGUACUCCAAGCCGGUGGAACUUCGACAAGUUAUUCGUUUGGCUGGGCGGGUAUAGAUAACUCGCUAGGAGCUUGCCACUGCAUCGAUAUCCCGUUUGUACUGGGAACGCGGGAAUCCUGGAAAACUGCCCCAAUGCUUGCUGGUCAAGACACUGAGGAGCAACUUGCCCGACUGGGCUCGAGUCUCAAGGACUUGUGGGUGAGAUUCGCGAAUGGAAGGAGGCUGAAGGAAAAUCAUCUUGAAAUUCGCAGAAACCUUUCCCUGUCGGAAGCUGCUUUCGAGGAUGACGAAUAA